AGAGAGAAGGAGAGAGAGAGAGUGACGGACAAACGGAGAUUGACAGAUGAGACUGCGAGAGAGAGAGAGAUGUGAUUCAAAGUUGCAGACACACAACCAUGUAUUUUCUCCCUCUAGUUGCAGAAGCACAGCCAGUUGCCGAGCAAGGAAGAAAGAAGAGCUUCAGGGAGGAGGAUCUAUCUCUCACAACGGCUGCUAUUGCUGGUUUGGGCGUAUCGGCUGUUAGUGAUGAUGAUGAUGAUGCUGAGCACAAUGAUCAUCCAGUUCUAUCAGCUGCUUCUCUUGCUGCUGCUGCAAGAAGCACUUCGCGUCCACCUUCCUUGCAGACCCUUCUUGAGGAUGUGCCUGACUCAGCAGCUGUUCCUCACACUUCUUCCUCUGGGGGUGAUUCUGAUGGAAAAAGCAGAUCGAAUAGUCUUGGAGAUUGCUUGAAGAAGUUGACUAUGAACUUACACUUUGAUGUUGGAAGAGAAAUAUUACAUAUUCCCACCUUCAGCUUUUCUAGCUUUUUAGCAAGUUUAUCAUCAUUGCAGUUAACACGUGGUGAUGACUUGAUAUGCUUUGCCCUGCCCCAAUAUCCAUUUCCACAAAUAGAAAAAAGAUCAUAA